AUGACCGCGAUGACUGUUCGCCUUCAUCCCGUAUCGCCCCUCACUUCCGAGGAAAUCCGGACGACGAGUACUCUGAUUCGAUCGCACCACACGCAUGAUGCUCGCUACAUCUUCAAGACUAUCACUCCGCCUGAGCCCGAAAAGCAGCAAGUUAUGAGUUAUUUGGAUGCAGAAUCCCGUGGACUCACUUUGCCGCCAAUUGAUCGCGGAGCUUUCGUCAAUUAUUAUAUCGGAUCCACGGGCAGUUUGUUUGAAGCCGUAGUGAAUUUGACUCAAAGCUCCGUUGAGCGCCACGAGGCCCUUGGAGCGCGAAUGCACGGAUCGGUCGACUUCGAGGAGGCGGAGGAAGUUGAGAAGAUCGUCUUGAACGACCCAAGUGUCCACAGAGAGAUAACUAGACGAAAGGGUCUGAUGGUGUCGACGAUGAACCCCGCCAGCUCCAGUGCUACAUGUUUCUCCGCUAGAGAGGGGCCCGUUCUCUAUAAUGUCCAAUAUGACAAUCGAUCUCUGUUCUACAGAGUUUCGCUCUCUGAGAUGAGCAUACCAUAUGCUGACCCCCGUCACCCGUACCACAAGAAAACCGCUUUCGAUCUGGGGGAUCUGGGAGCCGGCGUCACGGCCAACAACUUGCAACUAGGAAGCCGCGAGCUGGUUCUUCAGACCAUUAUGACCGUAUCGAACUACGAGUACAUACUAGCGUUCAUUUUGACCCAGGCGGGUGAUCUCACGUACGAAGUCCGCGCGACUGGCAUCCUAUCAACGCAGUACAUCCAUCCGGACGCUAAUGCCAACCGGGGCACUGUGGUACACCCUAGAGUGCUGGCUGCCCAUCAUCAGCAUAUCUUCUCCCUACGCAUCGAUCCGAUGAUUGACGGCUUCAAUAACACCGUCAUGUACGGCGAAGCGGUAGCAAUACCCCGCUCAGAGGCGAAUCCCCACGGCACUGGAUAUUACGAAACUCAGCAGGUCGUCCAGGUUUCUGGCGGUUUCGACUUGGACAUUAGUAAGAAUCGAGUCUUUAAAAUAGUCAACAACACUGUCCGGAAUGCUAUCAACAAGGAACCUGUCGGGUAUAAAAUCAUGGUGCCCGAUUUCCAGAAGCUGCUCGCCGACACCGAGUCUUUUCACUACCGCCGAGUCGAGUUCGCCGAUCACAAUAUUUAUGUGACAAAGUAUCGUCCACAGGAGCUAUAUGCUGGUGGGCAGUAUACUAACCAGUCCGGGGGUGGCCACGGUGUGAGGUCUUGGGCGGCGAGAUCAGAAAACGUGGAGAACGAGGAUAUAGUGGUUUGGGUGCAGUUUGGUAUCAAUCAUAUUCCUCGGAUAGAGGAUUUUCCCGUCAUGCCUUGCGAAAAGAUACAGUAA